GGGGGCCAGUCCGCGCCGAGGAGGAAGAGGAUGGCAGGACCCCGUCCCAGCUGCUGGAGCAGGCUGCUGCUGCUGGCUGUCCUGCUGGGCGCCAGCUUCCCUGAGGAAAUGGCGAACCGCUGCAAGAGGGCCCAGGUGAAGAGCUGCACCGAGUGCAUCCGCGUGGGCAGGGAAUGCGCCUACUGCACGGACGAGAUGUUCAAGGAGCGGCGCUGCAACACCCAGGCAGAGCUGCUGGCUUCCGGUUGCCGGUGGGAGAGCCUGGUGGUCAUGGAGAACAGCUUCGAGAUCACAGAGGACGCCCAGAUCAACACCAACCUGCAGCGCAGCCAGGUGUCGCCCCAGGGGCUACGAGUCCGGCUGCGGCCAGGCGAGGAGCAGCACUUUGAGAUGAAGGUGUUCGAGCCCGAGAAGAGCCCGAUGGACCUGUACAUCCUCAUGGACUUCUCCUACUCCAUGUCCGACGAUCUGGACAACCUCAAGCAGAUGGGGGAGAGACUGGCUCAGGUCCUGAAGACGCUCACUGAUGACUACACUAUCGGAUUUGGCAAGUUUGUGGACAAAGUCAGUGUCCCUCAGACAGACAUGAGGCCUGAGAAGCUAAAGGAGCCCUGGCCCAACAGCGACCCCCCCUUCUCCUUCAAGAAUGUCAUCAGCCUGACAAACAACUUGGACGAGUUUCGGGAUAAACUGCUAGGGGAGCGGAUCUCAGGCAACCUGGAUGCUCCUGAAGGAGGUUUUGAUGCCAUCCUGCAGGUGGCCGUGUGCACGAGGGACAUUGGCUGGCGCCCUGACAGCACGCACGUGCUAGUGUUCUCCACCGAGUCCGCUUUCCACUACGAGGCGGAUGGCGCCAACGUGCUGGCGGGCAUCCUGAGCCGCAACGACGAGGCAUGCCACCUGGACUCCUCGGGCACCUACACGCAGUACAAGACGCAGGACUACCCAUCCGUGCCCACCCUGGUGCGCCUGCUGGGCAAACACAACAUCAUCCCCAUCUUCGCUGUCACCAACUACUCCUACAGCUAUUAUGAGAAGCUGCACACGUACUUCCCUGUCUCCUCGCUGGGAGUGCUCCAGGAGGACUCCUCCAACAUCGUGGACUUGCUGCACGAAGCCUUCCAGCUCAUUCGUUCCAACCUGGACAUCCGGGCCCUGGAAAGCCCCCGAGGCCUGCGGACAGAGGUCACCUCUUCUAUGUUUCAGAAGACAGAUACUGGGUCCUUUCGCAUCACGCGGGGGAUACCGGGCACUUACCAGGUGCAGCUGCGGGCUAUGGAGGCGGUGGACGGGACCCACGUGUGCGAGCUGGGAGAGGAGGACCGGAAGGGCAUCAUCCAUCUGAAGCCCUCCUUCUCGGACGGCCUCUGGAUGGAUGCUGGCAUCAUCUGCGACGUGUGCCCGUGCGAGCUGCAAAAAGAGGAGCUUUCAGCUCGCUGCAACUACCAUGGAGACUUCAUGUGCGGGCACUGUGUGUGCAGCGAGGGCUGGAGCGGCAAGACCUGCAGCUGCUCCACGGGCUCACUGAGCGACAUAAAGCCUUGCCUGCGGGAGGGCGAGGACAAGCCGUGCUCCGGCCGUGGCGAGUGCCAGUGCGGCCACUGCAUCUGCUAUGGAGAAGGCCGCUACGAGGGUCCGUUCUGCGAGUAUGACAACUUCCAGUGUCCCCGUGCCUCCGGGGUCCUGUGUAACGACCGGGGACGCUGCUCCAUGGGCCAGUGCGCAUGUGAGCCCGGCUGGACAGGCUUGAGCUGUGACUGCCCUCUCAGCAAUGCCACCUGCAUUGACAGCAGUGGGGGCAUCUGUAACGGGCGUGGCUACUGCGAGUGUGGCCGCUGCCACUGCAACCAGCAGUCGCUCUACACGGACACCAUCUGUGAGAUCAACUACUCAGCGAUACGCCUGGGCCUCUGCGAGGACCUGCGCUCCUGUGUGCAGUGCCAAGCCUGGGGCACUGGUGAGAAGAAGGGCCGUAUGUGCGAGGAGUGCGGCUUCAAGGUCAAGAUGGUGGAUGAGCUCAAGACAGCAGAGGAGGUGGUGGAGCACUGCUCCUUCCGGGACGAAGAGGAUGACUGCACGUACAGCUACACGGUGGAGGGUGACGGCGCCCCCGGGCCCAACAGCACCGUCCUGGUGCACAAGAAGAAGGACUGCCCACCCAGGUCCUUCUGGUGGCUCAUACCUCUGCUCCUCUUCCUCCUGCUGCUCCUGGCACUGCUGCUGCUGCUGUGCUGGAAGUACUGCGCCUGCUGCAAGGCUUGCCUGGCACUUCUCCCUUGCUGCAACCGAGGUCACAUGGUGGGCUUCAAGGAGGACCACUACAUGCUGCGGGAGAACCUGAUGGCCUCGGACCACCUGGACACACCCAUGCUUCGCAGUGGGAACCUCAAGGGACGGGACAUGGUCCGAUGGAAAAUCACCAACAACGUGCAGCGGCCCGGCUUUGCCAGCCACGCCUCCAGCACCAACCCCACAGAGCUGGUGCCCUACGGGCUGUCCCUGCGCCUCGCCCGCCUUUGCACUGAGAACCUACUGAAGCCUGACACGCGAGAGUGUAACCAGCUGCGCCAGGAGGUGGAGGAGAAUCUGAAUGAGGUGUACCGACAGAUCACAGACUCACACAAGCUCCAGCAGACCAAGUUCCGGCAGCAGCCCAACGCCGGGAAAAAGCAGGACCACACCAUCGUGGACACGGUGCUGAUGGCGCCCCGCUCCGCUAAGCAGGCCCUGCUGAAGCUGACAGAGAAGCACGUGGAACAGGGGUCCUUCCAUGAGCUCAAGGUGGCCCCAGGCUACUACACCAUCACCGCAGACCAGGAUGCCCGGGGCAUGGUGGAGUUCCAGGAGGGCGUGGAGCUCGUAGACGUGCGGGUACCCCUCUUCAUCCGGCCCGAGGACGACGACGAGAAGCAGCUGCUGGUGGAGGCCAUCGAUGUACCCAUGGGCACCGCCACCCUCGGCCGCCGCCUGGUGAACAUCACCAUCAUCAAGGAGCAAGCCAGCGGCGUAGUGUCUUUUGAGAAGGCCGAGUACGUGGUCAGUGGCGGGGAGCAAGUGGCCCGCAUUCCUGUCAUCCGGCGCAUCCUGGACAAUGGCAAGUCCCAGGUCUCCUACCGCACACAGGACAACACUGCCCAGGGCAACCGGGACUACAUCCCCGCAGAGGGUGAGCUGCUCUUCCAACCUGGGGAGACCUGGAAGGAAUUACAGGUGAAGCUUCUGGAGCAACAGGAGAUGGACUCCCUCCUGCGGGGCUGCCAGACCCGCCGCUUCCACAUUCAGCUCACCAACCCCAAGUUCGGGGCCCGCCUGGGCCAGCCCCACUCAGCCACCGUCACCAUUGGGGACCCAGACCAACUGGACCGGAACUUCACAAGCCAGACACCCUCAGCAUUCCCUCACCGUGGUGACCUGGGCGCCCCGCAGAACCCCAAUGCCAAGGCUGCCGGGUCCCGGAAGAUCCACUUCAACUGGCUGCCCCCUCCUGGCAAGCCGGCAGGGUACAGGGUCAAAUAUUGGAUCCAGGGUGACCCCGAGUCCGAAGCCCACCUGCUUGACAGCAAGGCUCCCGCGGCGGAGCUCACCAACCUGUACCCGUACUGCGACUACGAGAUGAAGGUGUGCGCCUACGGGCCCCAGGGCGAGGGCCCCUACAGCUCCUUGGUGUCCUGCCGUACACACCAGGAAGUACCCAGUGAGCCAGGGCGGCUGGCCUUCAAUGUCGUCUCCUCCACUGUGACCCAGCUGAGCUGGGCUGAGCCCGCGGAGACCAACGGUGAAAUCACAGCCUAUGAGGUCUGCUACGGCUUGGUCAACGAGGACAACCGACCCAUCGGGCCCAUGAAGAAGGUAUUGGUGGACAGUCCCAAGAAGCGGAUGCUGCUCAUUGAGAACCUUCGGGAGUCCCAGCCAUACCGCUACACGGUGAAGGCGCGCAAUGGGGCAGGCUGGGGCCCGGAGCGGGAGGCCAUCAUCAACCUGGCCACCCAGCCCAAGCGACCCAUGUCCAUCCCCAUCAUCCCGGACAUCCCCAUUGUGGACGCCCAGUGCGGGGAAGACUACGAAAGCUUCCUCAUGUACAGCGAUGACGUUCUACGCUCCCCUACUGGCAGCCAGAGGCCUAGCGUCUCCGAUGACACUGGCAGCGGCUGGAAGUUCGAGCCCCUGCUGGGGGAGGAGCUGGACCUGCGGCGCAUCACGUGGCGGCUGCCCCCGGAGCUCAUCCCGCGCCUGUCGGCCAGCAGCAGGCGCUCCUCCGACGGCGAGCCGCCCCGCGGCGCCCCCAACGACCGCGCGGAGGCGGGCAUGGGCGGGGAGGGUGGCGGCCUAGCCCGUGGCGCCACACCCAGGCCCCCUGGAGAGCACCUGGUGAACGGGCGGAUGGAGUUUGCCUUCCCGGGCAGUGCCAACUCCCUGCACAGGAUGACUGUGGCCAACACUGCCUACGGCACCCACCUGAGCCCACACCUGUCCCACCGGGUGCUGAGUACCUCCUCCACCCUCACGCGUGACUACCACUCGCUGACCCGCACAGAGCACUCCCACUCUGCCACACUGCCCAGAGACUACUCUACCCUCUCCUCCGUCUCCUCCCACAACCCCCGCUUGGCUGCCGGUGUGCCCAACACACCCACCCGCCUGGUGUUCUCGGCCCUGGGACCCACAUCUCUGAAAGUGAGCUGGCAGGAGCCACAGUGCGAGCAGGUGCUGCAGGGUUACAGCGUGGAGUACCAGCUGCUGAGCGGCGGAGAGCUAUAUCACCUAAACAUCCCCAACCCCAGCCAGACGUCAGUGGUGGUGGAAGACCUUCUGCCCAACCAUUCCUAUGUGUUCCGUGUGCGGGCCCAGAGCCAGGAAGGUUGGGGCCCAGAGCGCGAGGGUGUCAUCACCAUUGAGUCACAGGUGCACCCCCAGAGUCCACUCUGCCCCCUGCCAGGCUCCACCUUCACUUUGAGCACACCUAGUGCCCCGGGCCCACUGGUGUUUACUGCCCUGAGCCCAGACUCGCUGCAGUUGAGCUGGGAGCGGCCACGCAGGCCCGAUGGGAAUAUCCUUGGCUACCUGGUGACCUGCGAGAUGGCCCAUGGAGGAGGUCCAGCCACCACGUUCCUGGUGGAUGGUGACAGCCCUGAGAGCCGGCUGACCGUGCCAGGCCUCAGCGAGAACGUGCCCUACAAGUUCAAGGUGCAGGCCAAGACCACCGAAGGUUACGGGCCAGAGCGUGAGGGCAUCAUCACCAUUGAGUCCCAGGAUGGAGGCCCUUUCCCACAACUGGGCAGCCAUGCUGGGCUCUUCCAACACUCACUGCCAGGCGAGUACAGUGGCAUCACCACCACGCACACCAGUACCACCGAGCCCUUCCUACUGGAUGGACUGAGCAUAGGGACCCAACGCCUGGAAGCAGGUGGCUCCCUUACCCGCCACGUGACCCAGGAGUUUGUGAGCCAGACGCUGACCACCAGUGGAACGCUCAGCACCCAGGUGGACCAACAGUUCUUCCAGACCUGAGCCCCCAACCCUUACCCACCCGUGUACGGGAACCUGGGCCCCCACCCGUGUGCGGGAACCUGGGCCCCCACCC